GCGACACCUUCGGCCGCCGUGCGGAAGACGACGGAGAGAACGUCAAUGAGCAGUCUCCAUUGGCCAAUUCCACUUUCUUCGUUUCCCUGCUCAAUCCGUCACUUCAACUCACCAUCACCUUACCGAUACAUAUCGUGACUGCCAUUCAAACACUGCAAUCCCAGCAAGCGAAUAACAACCAGCGACUUCCACAUAUAUUCACACAACUACCAUACACGCACAACUCCACACUUUUCUCUGCGCCCUGACAGAACUGCGCAUUUUCGAGACGGAACACGAGAGAAACUGAAGCCCGUCCCAUCAACAAUCAUCGCAAACCGCAACCAUGACGCGUGACCAAACAACAUCAUCAACAACAACAACAACAACACCCACAAACCCCGACGCCGCCGCCCGCUCCUGGCUAAGCGGCGGCAGCGGCGGCUCUCCCCCUCCCCCUCCUGCUCCAUUUGCGCCCUCUCAAGACCUCCAACAACAACCACCACAGUCCAACAACACCACACCACAAGUAGUCCCAGGCCAGCAACAACAGCAACAACCCUCCCAACAACAACAAAAACAACAAAAACCCACCACCCACUCAUCCAACCGCAUCUCCCUCACCGAAGUCGCCUCCACCAUCUCCCCCUCCGACUUCCUCUCCGUGCACGAAACGCCCUGCGCCCGCCAAGGCUUCAUGACAGGCAUCGGCGCCGGCGCAGGCAUCGGUGUGUUGCGGUGGAUCAUGGGCCUGCCCAUCCCGAAAGCGGCCAACUGGGGUGUAGGGUGCGGGAUCGUGGGGGCGAUGGCGCAGUACGAGUACUGCCAGUGGCAGAGGAGGAAGGAGAAGGAGAAGAUGCAGAGGGUGGUGGCGGUCUAUACGAAGAAGCAGGCGGAGAAUAGGGCCAAGGAAGCUAAAGAGGCGAAGGAGAAGAAGGCGGCGGAAAAGGGGGAGGUGGUGCAGGGCACGUCGAUGACUGCACCUGGGGGCGAGAAGAAGAAGAGCUGGUACAAGUUUUGGUGAGGGGGGGUGAGGAGGUGAGAGGGCUUCUUUGAUGUGCUGAGGUGAGACGUUGUGUUAGGAUAGAGGUGAAGAAGGGCAUAGCUAGGAGUAGGAGAUGUAGGUUAUGACUUGCACGGACAUAUAUCGAUACCUUUUGAAGUUAAGGGGCGUUGUCUGGAUUCAUUACGCACAAUGGCAGCAUGGUUAUGGCGCA